AUGACUUAUAGAAAGGAAUUCUUUAUGGAACUGGUUGAAUGCAGUCAGAAGAUAUUAACUUUAGGAAACAAACAGUCUGUAGAAGUGUGUGGCAUUGGUAAAGUGUUGAUAAAAAGAUAUAUAAAUGGACAGUGGGAAUCCAGUGAACUACUUGAUGUGUUGUAUGUCCCAAGUCUGCGAAGAAACUUAUUCUCAGAAGGUGCCAUAAUAAGAAGAGAUUACACUAUUAUAAAGAAAGAUUCAAAUGCAUUGAUCUAUAAAGAUAAUCAAGUGGUUCUGAGUGCCAGGAUCAGAGAAAAUAAUUUAUAUGAGCUGAAUAUAAAAGCAAUCACCCCAGAUACUUGCAACUUGGUCCAGAAUAAUCAAAGUGAUAUCAAAAUGUGGCAUGAGCGACUGGGACAUCUAAACCUAAAAGAAAUUAAGAGUAUGUGUGCAAAUAAUGGUGUUAUAGGUUUGGAAAUUAAUGACAAUGAUAAAAACAAUUUUGUAUGUGAGGCAUGUGCAUACGGAAAGCAGUGCAGGUUUCCAUUUCACAAAUCUGUACGAGGAGAACUACAACCUGGAGACUUAGUGUACAGUGAUGUCUGUGGACCAAUGUCUUGCACAUCAGUUCAAGGAAUGAGAUAUUUUGUCUUGUUCAAAUAUACAGUAACUAGUUACAGGCAUGUAUAUUUCAUAAAAAACAAAAGUGAUGUUAUGGAAAUGUUUAAGAAAUAUAAUAGUAUUGUGAAGAAUAAAUACAUGCACAGUGUAAGAAUAUUACAUACUGAUAAUGGUAGAGAGUAUGUAAACAAAGUUUUCAAGGAAUAUUUGGACAAAGAGGGGAUAGUACAUGAGCUAACUGCUCCUUAUUCACCAGAACAAAAUGGACGAGCAGAAAGAGAAAAUAGAACCAUAGUAGAAAGUGCUUGCUCCAUGUUGUAUGCAAGAGAUGUUCCACUGGAGCUGUGGGCUGAAGCGGUGAGCUGUGCAGUUUACAUAUUGAACAGAACUUCUUCAAGCCAGACUCCGGGUAAAACACCAUAUGAAUUAUGGAAUGGUAUCAAACCACAAUUAGGUAAUUUGAAGGUGUUCGGCAGCGUUGGAUAUGUACAUGUUCCAGAUCAAUUGAGAACUAAAUUAGAAAAGAAGAGUAAAAAAAUGAUGCUUGUUGGCUAUGAUAAUACCAAUUACAGAAUGUAUGAUGUAAAUAAUAAGUCAAUCAAAAUUUCAAGAAAUGUUAUUUUUGAUGAACAUCAAACUCCAGCAAUAAGAAAGAAUAUUAAUCAGAUAUGUAUAACUGAUUAA